AUGGCGGCGGCGGCGUGCUGCUGCCUGCCGAGCACCGCCGCCGCCGAGGCCAGCCAAGACAGCCUGCGGACAGCAGUCAGUGAUAGUGAGAGCGGUGCGCGCGGCGCCGUCCUGGACCUGGUGGACCGCACCCUGAGCCUCGACGGCGGCCUCGACGGCGGCGCGUACCAGCUCACCAGUGCCAUCUCCUUGGAGCCCGUGCCGGCCGCGGCCGGAGAGAGUCAGUCUAGUCAGAGAAACAGCAGUGCGGCGGGCCGAGGCCUGGUGGACCACGUCGUCGACCACGUCGUGGACCGCGUCGACAGGUUCGCCCGGAGUCACGUGGUCAAGGUCAGCCUGGGUCAGCUGGCCAGGGAUCUCAGCGGCGGGGACCAGCGUAGAGGCCGCAGCGUCGCCGCGCCGAGCGGGCCUCGGACUGGGGUGGCGGCAAAGGCCAGGGCCCUGAAGCCAAGGGCCCUGAAGCCAAGGGCCCUGAAGCCAAGGACAUUCUCUAAGCUCUUCGGGAAGAACUCGUUCCUGACGGGCUUCGGGCUGGGCUUCCUCGCCUUCGGCCUCAAGAAGCUCCUCCUGCCGUUCUUCAUCGGCGCGCAGAUCGUCAAGUCCAUCCUGAUCGCCAUGUUCCUGCCGUCCAUCCUGGGCUCGGUGGGCAAGCUGGUGGGCAAGGGCGUCACCAGCUUCGCCAGCUCGUCGGCCCAGAACGGCGGCUUCUCUGGCGUUUCUGGCAGCAACAACAACCUGGGCGGCGGCGGCGGCGACGGCAUGGAGGACUUCGACUUUAAGGACAACGGCGCCAGCAGCUCCACGCAGUACAACGACGCGGCCUCGUCGGGCUCCGAGAUGAUGCCGUCGUACGCGACGCUGGCGGCGCCGCCCAGCGGCUUCAACGCGCUGCAGACGUUGCAGAGGCCGUCCUCCCUGGACGCCGGCGACGGCCAGCCGCUCGGCACACUGCCCGGCCUGUUCCAGAACUCCGGCGCCACCAACGUGCUGACCAACAGGUACCAGCCCAAGACGAGCUACGCGCACAGGCACCAGUACACGGGCGGCAACAACGUCCUGGACGGCGGCGGCUCCUUCUACAACCGCCACAAGCCGCACGACUUCAAGACGUUCCAGAACAUCCCCUCGAGCAGCAUGCUGCUCACCCACUACGACCCCUUCUACUCGCCGCUGCUCUCGCGCCUGGACAGCGUGUUCCACCAGCUGGGCUACCAGGCCGAGGCGUGCCGGGAGCGCCUGGUGUGCGCCAUGUACCGCAACCCGGCCAAGUUCGCCCCCUUCUCGAACCUCGUGUCGGCGCAGCUGUCCAGGGAGCUGAAUGAGCUGCGGAAACCGUCGUCGGACAACCCGGAGAUCCUGCGCUUCUUCCGCUACAUGAAGGCGGCCAAGGACGGCCAGGACAACCAGGACUGCAGCCUGGUGUACUCGACGUGCACGCAGUCCGACGCCGCGCAGGCCAGCCCCAUGGCGCACACCUUCCAGGACAUCAACAAGCUGGUGCAGGCGCGCCGCCUGGCCAAGGCCAUGGAGGGCGCCGUCGAGGACGCCGUCGAGGACAAGCAGCCGCCGGCCGCGCCGGCCGCCUAAGAGCCGCGGCUGUGUCCACCCCUCCCCUCCCCCUCCCCAGUGGUCGGCUGCAUCCCCCGCCAGCGCGCCGUGUGUUCGAGACUUUUUGUGAACCCACGCAGCGGUUGUCGCGUUGCCCUCGGCGGAAACAAACUUCACAGUGAGGCGGCUGGCGCGAGCUGGCGAGUCGAUGCCGGGUGGACUCGGAACGGCAGCCACCAUUGGCGACGCCGGGGGCCGAGUUCCCGACGGUGAACAAGUGGGCGUCUAUCGCGCGGGGGAGUUGCCGGGGUGUUCGACGUGCCGGAAGAAGUGUAAUUGAAGAGGAAAGUGCCACUCCGCCCCAGUGAAACAGUCAGUCAUACGGCAACUCAGAGGACGUUGCGCGCGUCGUUUCCGUUUUCAACGGGGCAGUAAAGUAAAUCAAAAUUGUCUCUUUAAUAAUGCCAUGUUGACGCACCUGAUUCGCGCUGUAAAAAAAAUGCUUGAUGCUCAGUAACUGUAUUGUAUUUUGUAAUUACCUGUACUGUUUCUGGGAAGCAGCAGGACACACCAAUGGAGAUAGCCAUCAAUUCUGCUUGUCUCUUUUGCUCAACUUUGGAGAUAUAGGUGAAUUCAGGGUUUUAGAUAGGUUUGAAGAAUCGUGAACUCGGUGGAAGUUACAUAGUGAUUUAAUUUUCGUAGCGUAGAAUGUUGUAAUCAGGAAGGUUGGAUGUCCACGUCAGUGUUGCAUGACUGCCACAUCUCUCGUUUCUGUGUCUUGAGGAACAGAGCACUGGCAAAGCUCUAGGCCGAACCCCUACAGCUUUGCCUUGCUAUGGACUGUUCCGCAACACUGCAGUUGUAGCACUGUGGUGAUGUCGGUGCAAACAACUGCGCACUCAGAAACUUGCGAUUUGAGCUGGUCAUAUUUUGGUCCUGUUAUUUAUGUAUUUAUUUAUUUACUUAUUUAUUUGUUAUGACUCUUUGUCUUUCUCCUUAUUUAUUCCUUUCUUAAUUUAUUAUUUAUUUAUUUUGUUGAUAUUUCCUUAUGGUAGUGCUCGUUCAUCACACUGCAAAAAUGUUAAUAAAAUUCGUUGAAUUAAACGCGUCAUUAA